AUGGCCGUAACUAGACUUUCGGCUGCGGCACUUUGGGGAUCCGCUGUCGUCUCUGCGUGGGGUCCUCAAUUUGGAAGUCCAUCUGCUUCUGUCCCUCAAGGAACUCCGGCAGCUUAUAAUCAUUGGAGCGCGUUUCCUGUAAAAGAUGCCUCAUGGCCAGCAGCUACAUCUCACCCUUGGUCUCCUAGCGCUGCACUUCCUCAAAAUGUUACCAAUGGUCUCAGCACAUGGGGUACACUCAACCAGUCUGACUUUGCAGCAUGGUCAGAUGGUCCCUUGCCUCAAGGUUGCCCUUGGGGUCUGCGACAGCAAAACGACACAAAUCCCUACAACGAGAAGAAUGUUCCCAAUACUGGCAUGACUCGUUACUAUGAAUGGGAAAUCUCCAACAGAACCAUGGCUCCAGAUGGUGUCGAACUCGGACUUCUGGUAGUCAAUGGACAGUUCCCAGGACCUUUGAUCGAGGCCAAUUGGGUGAGUAAAAUUCUCAGUGUACACAUAACAUCGUGUCUAACAAUCUCUAGNGGUGACUGGAUCGAGGUGAAGAUUACAAACAAUCUCAAUGAGGGCACUGCCAUGCACUGGCACGGAUUCCUCCAGAAAGGUACCCCUUGGUAUGAUGGAACUCCUGGUAUCUCUCAAUGCCCGAUCGCUCCUGGAAAAACUUUCACUUACCGCUUCCGCGCCGAACUUUAUGGUACCAGUUGGUGGCACUCUCACUGGUCUGCUCAGUAUCUUAAUGGCUUGGCUGGUCCCAUCAUCAUUCACGGGCCUGUUGCCGACGCGUACGAUGUUGAUCUCGGUCCCGUCAUGUUGACUGACUGGUUCCACGCCGAUUACUACACUUUGGUUGAACAGGUCUUUGUUGCUUCCGAAUUCGGACCCAUCUUCCCUCCCAUGGCCAACAACAUGCUCAUCAAUGGAAAGAACAAUUACAACUGCACAAACACCAACCUCACAUGUACUCAGAAUGCAGGUGUUGCUCAAUUCCGCUUCCAAAGUGGCAAGAAGCAUCUUUUGCGUCUGGUCAAUCAUGCUGCCGAGGCUGUUAUUUUCUUCUCGAUCGAUGGAUACCAGCUCAAGGUUGUCGCCAACGACUUUGUUCCUGUUGAGCCUUACUAUACUGAUUUGGUCACUCUCUCUGUUGGUCAGCGUACCGAUAUCAUUGUUGAAGCCACCGGUAACAGCACCGAUGCAGUUUGGAUGCGCAUGACUGAAGGACCUUCUGGACUUGGACCUCCUCGUGGACAAACUGGUUGCAGUUUGAACGAUGGCAACAGCGUCGAGGCCCUCGCAGCCAUCUACUACGAAGAUGCUGAUACUAGCAAGCCUCCCACUACCUCCAACACUAUUGAUGUGUCUCGUACCUACUUCCCUCUCGCUUGCAACAACCAGCCCUUGAACCUCACAGUCCCCAAGUACCCCAUUGCCGUUCAGGAGCCUGACGUUGUCCUCAACUUCACCAUGUCCGCUGCUUACAACGCAACUGGAGCCUUCAAAUGGUACAUGAAUAACGAGACCUACAAUGCCAACUACAAUGAUCCCACUCUUCUCGAGGCCAAGCUUGGUAAUCUCGACUUCCCUACCGAGUCGCGUGUCUUUGAUCUGGGCACCAACAAAACUGUCCGCAUCAUCAUGCAGAGUGUCGGUUUCCCUGCUUCUCACCCCAUGCACAUUCACGGCUUCAACAUGCAAAUCCUCAGCGAAGGUAUCGGAACCUGGGACGGCGUCUCCAUCACCAACCCCUCAAACCCUCAACGCCGCGACACUCAACUCGUUCAACCCAAUGGCUUCCUCGUUAUCCAGAUUGAGCUCGACAACUGGGGUGUUUGGCCUUUCCACUGUCAUAUCGCUUGGCACAUCAGUGAAGGCAUGAACAUCAAUCUGCUCGUCAACACCCCAUAUGUCACCGACGAGAUGGAGAUUCCAUAUGUCAUGGCACAGACUUGUCGUGAUUGGUCUGCGUACAGCAACACGACUGUGGUCAACCAGAUCGAUUCUGGAUUAUAA